GGCGCCAGACGGAGCCGCUAGCGGCGGAACGACCCGCAGCACCUGUCCAGCACCGCACAGCACCCGCGUAGUCAGCGAGGCUGCCCGCCGCCGAUUGCCGGACUCUGUGCAUGCGAGGUGUGAAGCUGGGCUGCGCCCCUGAGCCAUCGUCAUGGAUUUUGUGAUGAAGCAAGCUUUAGGAGGGGCUACCAAGGACAUGGGAAAGAUGCUGGGUGGGGAUGAGGAGAAAGACCCUGAUGCUGCCAAGAAAGAAGAGGAGCGACAGGAAGCCCUCAGACAAGAAGAGGAGGAGAGGAAAGCCAAGUAUGCCAAGAUGGAGGCUGAAAGAGAAGUUAUGAGACAGGGGAUUCGAGACAAGGUAGGGAUCUGGCUUUCAGAACGCACUGAGUGA